UAAUUAAAUCAGCACCGCGGAAAGCAACAGCUGAAGCGCGCUCUGCGUCGAUGCUCAACCGUCCAAUCCCAGAGAACGCAGUAGAAUAAGGACCUCUCGAGACUGCUUCUGUCAACUCACAUCAUCUUGCAGACGGGCGGUCGAUUGGUCGAGGCGAUGUGGCAUUACGCACAAAACUUUCAUUCAUGAAACAAAUACAUUGUUCGGGGUCUUGCUUGGACGGCUUGCAAAACUUGUCUUAAACAUACUGAAAAACGACAGUUCUCUUCGUGGUUGGAUAAUUAUGUUUGCUACCGUUGGAAAAACCGGCUAAUUUAAAGAUGGAUUUCCUGAGUGGUAGUGGAGCGGGUCUCGGUGCUGGUCUAAGGUCGGAAACACCCGGGGAGGUCUCUAACGCGGACGAGGGCUCCGCUAUCCUCUUUCCUGGUUAUAGUUUUAAUUUCGCUGUCACGUUUAAUGAAUCUAACCAGUCCUCCAGCGGCGUUUUACUCACGGGGAAUUUGGGAGACUUUGUGGGAGAUGGGUCCGCUGUCUUGAGAAUCCUCAUAUCGAUCAUUUACUCGGUGGUCUGCGCACUGGGACUGAUUGGGAACCUUCUGGUGCUGUACCUCAUGAAGUCUAAACAGGUGUGGAAGAAGUCUUCCAUCAACCUGUUCGUGACCAGUCUGGCAGUCACGGACUUCCAGUUCGUCCUGACACUGCCCUUUUGGGCGGUGGAGAAUGCCUUGGACUUCACUUGGCUUUUUGGCAACGCAAUGUGUAAGAUUGUGUCAUAUGUUACUGCCAUGAACAUGUACGCCAGUGUUUUUUUUCUGACCGCGAUGAGCGUGGCGCGGUACUGGUCACUCGCCUCCGCGCUCAAGAGCAAGAGGCGGCGGCCCCGUUGCUGCACUGCGCGCUCCAUGACCAUUUUCAUCUGGUUCGCAGCGGUGUCCGCCGCUCUGCCGAACGUCGUUUUCUCCACAACUUCAGUCGUGUCCAACGAGGAACUGUGUCUUGUCAAAUUCCCGGAUAGUGCCGGAGACGCGCAGUUCUGGCUGGGGCUCUAUCACGCACAGAAGGUCCUGAUCGGGUUCGUAAUCCCGCUAGGCAUCAUAUCCGUGUGCUACCUGUUGUUGCUGCGCUUUAUUACGUCCAACAAUGUCAACACAUCCAGCGCCCGGAGACGCUCCAAGGUAACCAAGUCUGUGACCAUCGUGGUCCUCUCUUUCUUCCUGUGUUGGCUCCCUAACCAGGCGCUCACGCUGUGGGGCAUCCUCGUUAAACUGAACGUGGUCCAUUUCAGCUACGAAUACUACACCAUGCAGGCGUACAUUUUCCCGGUGACCGUGUGCCUCGCGCACUCCAACAGCUGCUUAAACCCGAUCCUGUACUGCCUGAUGCGGCGGGAAUUCAGGAAGGCACUGAAAAAACUGUUCUGGCAGAUAACGUCGCCCUCGGUGACCAACAUGAGACCGUUCACGGCGUCAACUAAGCCGGAGCAGGACGAGCAGGGACACGCGCUGGUGGUACCGAUUUGCCAGAGCUCAGCAGAACCGGUGGUGUUCUACCCCCCAGGGGUCGUAAUGUACCCCAACGGCAGGAACGAUCUGCUACCAAACAGCACGUAGGUUGUUUAUGCCAGGUCUGUUUGAAUGAGUAGUAUAAAGUAUAAAAGUCUAAAACAUUUUAAACCGUUUUAUCCAUACUUAUUUUACUUUAUCAAUUAGAUAAUGAACGUCCAUUUUUAUUUCAUCGCAUAAAAAAUGUAAACUACACGUUUUUAGUUUAAGAUUUUAUUCUUCCACAAAGUGAAAAAUUUGGCUUGGGAUUGAGAUUUCACCUGCAGCCAUGAAAGACAAGCAAUCGACAUAUCCAUAUUAGGGGCAGUGGCUCAGGGGGGAGAGGGUCACCCAUUAAUCGCUGUUGGUGAUUCGAUCCCUGACUCCAAGACACUUCUGAUGGGCGGCUCCUUGCAUGGCAGUUCCGUCACCGGAUGUGAACGAGAGGAAAAAUGUGAGGUGCCGCUAAAUGCAGUCCAUUUACCAUACAAAAAGUGUAUGAAGACAUACAGCAAGGACACCCUAAAGCAUCUAGGCCUAUAUACAAACAGACAAACACACAAAUAAGAGCAAAGAAUUGCUCUCACUUUUAUAAAAGCAAAUCUCCUCCAGUGUCUUCAUCCUUUAGGACAUCUAUUUAAAAGAUGUA